GAAAUCUCAAAAUGGUUUAGUUAACUCAGCAACAACUAAUUAUUUAAAUAUAAAACAAGAGGAAGAUGAAGAAUCUAUCAUUGUAUCAAAUAAUUCAGAAUUUGUAAUGUUAUCAAAUAUUAGUUUAAAUAAUGGUUUUAUGAUAUUACGACGUAUUGCAAAUCAUCCAUUUUUAACCAUUGAACGACCGUCAUCGUCAUCACACACAAAAUUAUCAAACAGUUUUAAUAGUGAUUUAAAUCUAGAUUUCAAAGGAAAUGAAGCUUCUUGCAUGCUGACAUUUGAACAGAAAGAAUUAAUUGAAUCUAGUGGCAAGACAUUGUUGCUUGAUCGUCUUCUUCAAAAACUCAUCAAAUCGGGACACAAAGUCGUAAUUUUCUCUCAAUUCACAGCAAUCUUAGAUUUAUUAGAAGAGAUGUUCGAUGCACGAUUAUGGUCUUAUGUUCGAUUAGAUGGUUCAACUAGAUUGAAUGAUCGUCAAGAUGCUAUACGUCGUUUUAAUGAUGAAAGCAUUGAACAAUUACCAAUAUUUUUAAUAUCAACAAAAGCUGGUGGUUGUGGUAUUAAUUUACAAACAGCUGCAGAUACUGUCAUAAUAUUUGAUUCUGAUUGGAAUCCACAAACCGAUUUACAAGCUCAAGAUCGUUGUCAUCGAAUUGGACAAACGAAACCUGUUCUUGUUAUUCGUUUAAUUACAAAUGAAUCAGUUGAUGAAAAUAUUUUACAACGAUCUCAAACAAAACGUUGGUUAGAACGUUUACUUCUGAAUCAUCGUAUAUCGAAUGUGAAUCCUUCAUUGUAUGACAAAUCAUUUAGCAAGGAUUGUCAAUCGUAUCAAUUAACUACUGAUCCUACUACUACUACUAAUAAUAAUAAUAAUGAUGAAGAUGAUGAUGAUGAUGAUAGUAAUAAUGAGAAGACAAACAAUCGAAUGAAUAAAUUCAAAAUAAACCGUCCAAAUGCCGAAGAACACUUUCAAACCAUACAAUUGAUCGAUGAUCAAUUAUAUGAGCAAGCGAAUUUGACAAAAUCCGAAUUGAUUGAUUUGUUAAAACAAAUUGAUUAUUCAACUAGUAAUAAUAAUAAUGUCACUGAUGCUUGUUCUUUAACUGAUGACGAAUUGAAUAAACUAUUAGAUAGAUCUGAUCUUAUUGAAGCUUGGACUAAACAUACCAAUAAUGAACAACACAUUGCGAAUGCUACUGAUCAACAACAAACCGAUUGUGACAAUUCUCGGCAUAACGAAUCUUUCAAUGAUCAGUUGAUUGAGUCAAACAAAAUUGGAACAGGUCAAAUUGUAAACAAAUCAAAUGAUCAAACCCUAGACAACCUGUGAAUAUUAUACAAGAAGGAUAGACAAGGAUUGACUUAUUGUGAAAAUGAUUCUUAAUUUCUAUUGCUGUUUGUUUGUUUACAUUUUUGUUUUCAAUGUUAAAAAACUAAUUUCAAGGCUUUUUAUAAACCGAUUCUUGUGUGAUUAAACGUUAUCAUGUUUUUUGUUCUUACCAAAAAGAUUGAUUUUC